GAGCUAAUGCUCCCUGGAGCUCCCGGUGCAAGGCCGAGAUGGCGACUGCGAUCCGGCUGCUGGGGCGACGGGUGUCCGGUUGGAAACUGCGGCCGUCGCCCCUCGCUGUCCCGCAGCGAGCUCACUCGAUGUUGCCUGUGGACGAUGCUAUCAACGGACUAAAUGAGGAACAGAAGCAGCUUCGUCAGACUAUAUCGAAGUUCCUUCACGAGAACCUGACCCCCAAGGCCCAAGAGAUUGAUCAGAGCAACGAGUUCAAGGACCUGAGAGAGUUCUGGAAGCAGCUGGGGAGCCUGGGAGUCCUGGGCAUCACAGCCCCUGUUCAGUAUGGCGGCUCUGGCCUGGGCUACCUAGAACAUGUGUUGGUGAUGGAAGAGAUAUCGCGGGCUUCUGGAGCAGUGGGGCUCAGCUACGGUGCCCACUCCAACCUCUGCGUCAACCAGAUUGUCCGCAAUGGGAAUGAGGCACAGAAAGAGAAAUACCUUCCCAAGCUGAUCAGCGGUGAGUUCAUCGGAGCCCUGGCCAUGAGUGAACCCAAUGCUGGCUCUGAUGUUGUCUCCAUGAAGCUUAAAGCAGAAAAGAAAGGAGACCACUACAUUCUGAAUGGCAACAAGUUCUGGAUCACCAAUGGCCCCGAUGCCGAUGUCCUCGUUGUCUAUGCCAAGACAGAUCUGAAUGCCAUGCCAGCUUCUCGGGGCAUCACAGCCUUCAUUGUGGAGAAGGGUAUGCCUGGUUUUAGCACCUCCAAGAAGCUUGACAAGCUGGGUAUGAGAGGUUCCAACACCUGUGAGCUGAUCUUUGAAGACUGCAAAGUGCCUGCUGCCAACAUCCUGAGCCAAGAGAGUAAGGGUGUCUACGUACUGAUGAGCGGGCUGGACCUCGAACGCCUGGUGCUGGCAGGUGGACCCCUUGGGAUCAUGCAGGCUGUCCUGGACCACACCAUUCCCUAUUUGCAUGUAAGGGAAGCCUUUGGCCAGAAAAUCGGCCAGUUCCAGCUGAUGCAGGGAAAGAUGGCCGACAUGUACACCCGCCUCAUGGCAUGUCGACAGUAUGUCUACAAUGUCGCCAAAGCCUGUGAUGAAGGCCACAUCAUUGCCAAGGACUGUGCCGGCGUGAUUCUGUAUGCAGCUGAGUGUGCCACACAAGUAGCCCUGGACGGCAUUCAGUGUUUAGGUGGAAAUGGCUACAUCAACGACUUCCCCAUGGGCCGCUUCCUUCGAGAUGCCAAACUGUAUGAGAUUGGAGCCGGGACCAGUGAAGUGAGGCGGCUGAUCAUCGGCCGAGCGUUCAAUGCAGACUUCCGCUAGCCCCAUGGCCUGGCAGCCCUGGUCCUAGCACCCAGGCCUUUCUUUGGAGGCAGAGGCAUAGCGGCCCUUUCCCCUGCCCAAGGGAGCUCUGUGGCUCAGCUGCCCUUCACACCAGCUCUCUGCCCACAUGAGGUCGGAUUCUCCGGCCAUGACAGCCAGUCAGUCGGGAAAGCUUAAGACGGACUGCAAAAAGGACUUUGGUUUUUCUAGGGCUUGGGCGGGGGGCGCCUCCAUGACAGUGCCCUCGCUCUCCACUUCUGGAUUUGAUGUUCUCACCCUCUGGGAUGGCACCUUUUAGUAGGUACCCGACUCCUUUUCUUGGGCAAGCCUCUGGCAGGGAGCCCUUUCCACCCGAGUGGAAGCAUCGCUGCUUUCCGUUUUUUUAAUGGUCUCUUUUCUUGAGGAAAAGGCAACAACCUUGUCCUUGUGGGCUGUCAUCCUAAGGUCUAAACAGCUCCAUAACAUCUGUGGCAGACCAGAGGAAGGACGGAGUCCUGGUCUAACCACGAUGGAUGGCACGGAAGAUUGGCUCUUGCUGGCCUCCCUGGUGUACCUGAAUCUGACGGCAUCGCUCUGUCACAGGCUGGCACUGAGCCUGCUCAUGUGACCUCCUGCAGCUGACUGGGCAGCAGGCACAGGCCCUGUGGCCGGCCUGGGUUGCCUGGCUCAACUCCAGUCCCUCUCUCUGCCUGUGCACAUUUCUCUAGACACCCUGUGGCUAAUUUUGUUCCCGCUGCACAGCGGCUGCUGCCAUUUUGUAUUAAACAUACUGCGAAUCGAACCCUUCUGCGCCCAAAGCAUUGUUCUGAGGAGAAGCAAGCCAUUUGCUGUUGCCCUCUGCCUGCAUCCUGAGUGUCCUUGAAGAGUCCUGCCCUUCUGUAAUAGGACAGGAGGCUAGGAUGGGAAGCCUCAGACCCGAAUCUCCCAGUGACUCCUCCUCUUCCUUUGCUGAGGUCAGACCUGGAGUGUGCCUAGGCAAGCCCUGUAACACCAAGUCUGUGUCUCCUCCCUCCCCUUCCAACUUGUACUUGGUUUUCUUUAGGGCUCCCUGUAGCCCCGACUGGCCUUGAACUAAGAUCUGGAACUGUAGAUCUGCCCCUACCUCAAGUGCUGGGAUUACAGGCAUGAGCCCCAUGUCCCUCCCUGUGAUUUCUCUUAAAGGAAUUGGGGAAGGGGGUUCCAGUGGAGGAAGGGAGAAGGAGAACUUAUUAAGUUUCUGGAGACCGUUCUUGAGAGUCGUUUGGUUUUGAGACAGGAUCUAGCCUGCCUCUGCGUCCUUAGUGCCAAGAUUACAGGCAUGAACACAUACACCCGGCACAUCUGAGUUUUGUUUUGUCUCAAUCUAUAGCCCUUGCUGGUCUUGAACUCAGAGAUCCUUCUGCCUCUGCCUCUCAAGUUCUGGGGUUAAAGGCAUGGGCCACCACCAUACCCAGCCCAAUCUUUGAGGGUGGUUUUGUUUUUUAAUAUCCAGACAACUUGACUUUUUCAAGGUCAGAAUUGGAUCUAGGAUCCAGAUGGGCUCAUAGCAAAAACAGAGAGUCCUCAACAUCCCAACCUGGGGCCACUGCAUCUAGCAUCCUAGGUGGAGCAUCUGAAUUGUCCCACUCCUUCUCAGUUCCCCAAGGUAAACCUGGUUUUCCUGGAUCCCAGCCCAGCGGUGCGGGCCUACAGUCAGGUGCUGAGGCUUGAGACAGGUGGAACUAGUGCCUUUCGAACCCCAAUCCAGUCCCAUAUUCAGGGAAGACCCAGAGCUUAUGGCUGCACCUUACCUUGGCUGUUCUGAGUCCUGCUGUGUUCAUGAAUGCAGUGGAAAUGGUGUUCCGCUGAGGCAGGGAUGACUGGAAUGACCCACGGAAUAUGAUCAAAAUGUGCCAGGGGACCAGCAAGCCUGCAAGAUAAGGUGGCUUGCCUCCGAGACAGACAAUCUAAGUUGGAGUCCUGGAGCCGAGGUCUAGGUGGAGAGAACUGACGUUCAAAUUGUCCUGACUUCCACAAGUCACCCAGUCAUGUCAGGGAAUGGCUUGGGUAGUGGGACCCUGCUGGCUUUAUAAGAGAUUUGUUUUU